UGGAUCAGUAGAUGGGUAGAUGUCAGCGCGACACGACGGUGCGCUCACGGUUUUCUCGCAGUUGCUCGCCCCGCUGGAUACAACCUGAGGAAAAUAAUGGGUAAUUGGGUCGCUCUUUAUAUAACGCAUCCCGACACGAUGCCCACGCCCGACGGUAAAUCGACGUUCGAUCCGAUGUUCGGAUUUCCGAAUGGUCGAAAACCUAGAGAGAUGAAGUUGUCGGAGGAAGACAUGAUGGCUUUGAAAAUCCCUCAGGACAGACGCGAUUACUGCGCCCACAAGUAUUUGGCGUUACAUGAGUGCAAGAGGCGUCAUUAUCCUUUCAUGUUAAAGUGCGCGCAUGAAAGACAUCAGUAUAACGAGUGCCACGUUGAAGAUUACACUCUGAGAUUGAAGGAAUACGAAAGGGAACGUCGUCUCCUCGAGAGAGAAAAGAGGAUACGCCAGAAGAGUGAGCAGGCAGCAACAGCGUGAAAGUCCAGAAAAUUUCGAUAAAUUUUGUCCAUCGUCGUCGGUAACUUAGGCUGCACAUAUACAAAAGUGGAAUUGUUUCCCGCUACUGUACAUAAGCUAUAUCAAUAAAAUGUAUUUAACAAUAAAUUUUCUAUUUCAUAAAA